AUGUUUUUCCUCGCGCAAGCCCACACUGGACGUGCAUUUCUCAACGUCGCAUCGCGUCGCGUAGCAGCGAUCUCGCAGAGAUUUCAAUCGGACCCUCGGCAGCCCGCGCGUUCCUGCAGCGAGCGGCGGUCGCCCUCGGGGCCGCGGGGCAAACUUCGUCGCUCGGCCGCGAGAGCGCGCGGCGUUCGCGGCAGAGGGCGCUCGCCUCUGGUGCGGGCGCGGUGGCGCCGCGGCGCGGCGGAGGCUGCGGGCGCGCGCGGGCCGCCCAGUUCCCCUCGCAGCGCGCACCCGGGCGCCCGGCGCGACGCCCUCCACGCGGACGGCCGGCCCACCACGUGCGACUGCGAACCGCGAAACACGACCGACGACGUCCGGCGACCGGCUCACGAACGCGAACCGAUUCGCGGCAUGGAGCACCGGCGCGCCGCGCGCCCGCCGGCGCCCGCGCUCCUCGUGGUGAUGCUGGUGAUCACUGCACUGGUGACGGCACCGGCGGCCGCUGCUGUCAGGAAGAAAGGUCCGGGCGGGGCGAGCGCGGGGCCCGCGGCGCCGCUGCUGCCGCCCGUGGAGGAGGUGUCGGCGCGUGCGACCGCGUGGGCCAACGCCACGUGCGGCGCGGACGGCCCCCAGCGCUUCUGCCGCCCGGCGGGGCUCGGCGGGGGCGGGGCGGGGCGCGGGCGGCGACGGAGGCGGCGGAGCAAUGCGACGUGUGUCGCGACCGCGCCGGGGCGCCGGCGCGGCGCCCCACCCCGCCCGAGGCGGUGCUCGGCUCAGGCGGGCGGCGGGCCGCCCGCCCUGUGGCAGAGCCCCUCGCUCGCCGAGGGAGAGCACUUCGAGCGCGUCACCUUCACCCUGGACCUGCGGAGGUCUUCUACUUAUAUUAAUAGUAGUACUACUACUAAAAUAUUUAUAGUUUUAAAUUCACUACUCUAG